AUGCUUUUCUCAAGAGAUUUCAUCAUGCUGUUGGCAUUCGCCGCUGCUGGCGCUGUCGCUGCACCAGUUCCAGAACCUCAACCUGAAGCCAAAGCCGAUGCUUCCCCAGCGAACUAUGGUGACUAUGGUGAUUACGGAAACUAUGGAACAUAUGAGAAAUACCCAUCCUCUUCCUCCGUCACACCUACACCAACCCCAACUGGAUACGGUAGCUAUGCCAACUACGGUACCUACAAGAACAAGAAUGUCAGAGAAGCCGCACCAGAGUCUGCUCCAGUAGCAAAGCGUGCUGACUAUGGGAACUAUGGUGACUAUGGUGACUACGGAAACUAUGGUAACUACGAAAACUACCCUUCCGCCACCCCUUCAAGCUCCUCGUCAAGCACCUCUUCCGCUACACCAACUCCAACCGGCUAUGGCUCGUACGCAAACUAUGGAGCAUACAAGAACAAGAAAGCACGUGCUCCAGAAGCCAACCCAGUAGACUAUGGAAACUAUGGUGACUACGGUAACUACGGCAACUACGAAAACUAUCCCGGCGCCUCCACCACCCACACCUCCACCACCCACACCCCAACCCCAACCCCCACCCCAACCGGCUACACAAACUACGGUUCCUACGGUACCUACGAAAACUACAAGCGCGAAGCCGACAACGCCCUAGCUUAG